AUGGACCUUCGCUACCUGGACAGCUGUUCUGGCAAGGCAUCCCAGCAGCUCCAAAAGGACACCAAUGAGCUCAUGGCCAGGAUAUGCUGCUUUCCGCUGCCAACAGUGGCCGCCUUUCGAGGACACUGGUGUGCCGCCGGUGCUAUGAUGGGUUUGGCCUUCGACUACCGCGUUAUGUCGAGCGAUGUGGGAUUCUUCUUCAUUCCUGGCGUGGACUUGGGAUUAAUUUAUGCUCCAAUGCAGACUGCGUUGAUGAAGGCAAAGUUACCUCAGAGUCUGCACCGCGAUGUCAUUCUUUUCAAUUCCAGGCGCUGGACUGCAAAGGACUUGUUGGCUGCUGGUGCCAUUGAUGCCGCAGAGCCUUUGCAAGCAGUGCUGCACAAGGCCUUGCAAUUGGCCACAGCUUUGCGGUCGAAAGGCCAAGGCCCUCCGCGGAAAGCGCUGCAGGGCUUAAAGCAGGGCCUCUACCACGAGGUGCUUGAGGCCCUCUCGGCCGGGGCGAUGAGCUUUCCUGGGCGCGUGUCGGGUGUGGAGAAGGCAGCGCCCAAGCUUUGA